AAAUAUUUUCAUUCGCGUUGUGCAGAAAGAAUCUAGCUUCAAGUUUGUGCGUAGAACAGUGGUUUUAAAGCAGUAAAUAGCAAGAAAUAGCAAUGGGUCGCAAAAAGGGAAAGAAUACGGUUCAAGAGGAAUCGAAUCCUGAUAAAAGUGAGCAAACCCCGCAGAAGCAACAACAGCAAGAAGGGUCGACGCAGCCGAAGGAACAGAAGCAGCAAAGUGGACCGAGUCAACCGAAGGAACAGAAGCAACAGAAGCAGCAAGGUGGCCAACAGAAACAAAAGAAGCAGCAAGGUGGACAAACCCAGUACCAUCAAGGACAACAGCCUCAGGGACCGUGGAACCAGCCAGGACAGCAGCCUCAGGGACCGUGGAACCAGCCAGGACAACAGGCUCAGGGACCGUGGAACCAGCCAGGACAGCAGCCUCAUCAAGGUCAACAGCCCCAGGGGCCAUGGAACCAGCCAAGACAGCAACAAUAUCAAGGUCAACAGCCUCAAGGACCAUGGAACCAACCAGCACAGCAGCAUCACCAAGGACAACAGGCUCAGGGACCGUGGAACCAGCCAGGACAGCAGCCUCAUCAAGGUCAACAGCCUCAAAGAUCAUGGAACCAACCAGCACAGCAGCAUCACCAAGGACAACAGGCUCAGGGACCGUGGAACCAGCCAGGACAGCAGCCUCAUCAAGGUCAACAGCCUCAGGCACCACGGAACCAACCAGGACAACAGCCUCAGGGACCAUGGAACCAGCCAAGAGAGCAACAACAAGGGUCCCAGGAACCAUUGUCCCAACCCGGCCAGCCACAAUCAUCCACCAGAGCACCAGCAGAGAAGAAGGUAAAACCUGGUGGCGGCGAUUCUUCCGUAGGACGCACACCCUCGGUCGCCUCGACGAAAUCUUCUUCCUCGGGUGAUGGUGUUCUUCCGUCGCUUCCGGAAGAUCUGAGCAAAAUGCAAGUGAGCAAGCAAAAGGUACACCGAACGAAUCUGCGUCCGGUUCUGUGUCGUAGCGGAGCGCACGGCAAAAGGGGUAAACCGGUGACGUUGGAGGUUAAUUUCUUCCGCAUGCUGAUCGACAACCUCAAGGGAAUUGCCUACCACUACGAUGUAACGAUCGAGCCGGAUCGUCCGAAAAAAUUCUACCGUCCAGUGUUUGCACAGUUCUGCCAAGAAACGUACCCGAACGUGCGCUUCGCCUUCGAUGGGCAGAAAAAUGCCUACACUGCUCACAAAGUUGACGAUGGACGAGCAAUGGUUACGUUCCAUCCUUCGGACAAGGGUAAAGAAAUGCAGUUUAAGGUAACGGUAAAAUUAGCAGCAAACGUGGAUCUGGGAUCGUUGAAAAACUAUAUGCAAAAUGUCGGAUCCAUGGACAAACCGAUGGCCGCCAUCCAAUGCCUGGACGUGGUGCUGCGCUGCGCAUACGAGGGUAACGAUCGGUUCGUGCGGUUCAAACGAAGCGUUUACGAGGUGCCUAGAAAUCGCAUCGACCUCGGUAAGGGACACGAACUCUGGUACGGGCUGUUCCAGUCAGCCAUCCUCGGCUCCAAACCGUAUGUGAAUGUGGACGUAUCGCAUAAGGCUUUCCCCUCUAGUGGUUCGAUGGUUGACAUUUUCGCCAGCUUCAACCGAGGAAAUCUGGAAACAAACCGCCCGCUUGAUGGUUGGUUGGUGAAGGAACUACACGACUACGUCCGCGGAAUGGACGUUGUGUACCGCAGCCCGAAUGGCACAGAGAAGCGAAUGCGAUGCAAUGGGUUGCGCGACGCUGCCAACGCGCAACAAUUCACGCUCGACGAUGGUACCAAAUUGACCGUGGCCGAUUACUUUAGUAGAAAAUUAAAGUUUCAGCUGCGCUAUCCAGCGUUGCCAGUUCUCCACGUCGGUAGCACGGUACGCAGCGUUUUCGUUCCCCCAGAGCUGUGCAAGGUUCCGCCUGGUCAGGCCCUGAACAAAGCCCAUCCUGACGAGUGCACGGCAAAGAUAAUAAAAUUUGCUGCAACCAGCGUGCAGGAGAGGAAGGAAAAGAUUAUGCGGUUGAGCACCAGCGUCGCGUACAACAACUCUCCCACACUGAUCGACUUCGGCGUGGGGGUGGGCAAGGAGUUUGAGAAACUUUCGGCCCGCAUCAUCGACCCACCGACGGUCGUGUACGCGGGCAAUGACCAGGUGCGUCCCUCUCGCGGGGUUUGGCGCGCUGAGGGCAAGAAAUUUGUUGACCCCAGCUCGACGCUUGCCAAGAAGACACUCGCCUGGCGCAUUCUUAAUCUGGAUGGUUACACGAACGAAACCAUGGUGCAGGAGUUCGGGGAACAGAUCUACAACCACGCGCUCAGAUGUGACGUGAAACUUGAACCGUUCAGUAUGCAGAGGACCUUCGUGUUGGUGCGCAACGUCCGUGACGCUGUGCGCGAUUUGUCCCAGCUGCUGUCGAACAUUAAAAAGGAUCAGCCUGCCAUCACGAUCGUGAUCAUACCGUCACGCGGUGAUGUUUACGCAAAAGUAAAACAAAAGGCUGAGCUUGCCAGCGAACGCAUCGGACUGCUUACGCAGUGCAUUAAAGAUCAAACGGUGAAAUACAAGCGCGCCGAUGGGAGCACGAUCAACAACAUACUGCUGAAGAUUAAUGCCAAAACAAACGGCAGCAAUCAUCGCUUGACGCCAGAUACGCAGCCACCGUUGGCCAAAGGAAGAGUAAUGUACAUCGGCGCUGAUGUAACGCAUCCGACCGGCGACGAUACUCCGAGUGUGGUUGGUGUGACGUCCGUGUACGAUCUGCACGGUUUCCGGUACAACUGUAGCGUGCGGCUUCAGGGGCCGCGCGACGAAAUGAUUCGCGAUCUCGAGAACAUUGUGCACCGCCACGUUCAGCUGUACCAGAAGUACAACGGCAACCUGCCGGAACGCAUCAUGUACUACCGGGACGGUGUUUCGGAUGGGCAGUUUGCGGAAAUUCUAACGAUCGAAAUGCAGGCCAUCCACGCGGCCCUCGCGCGUUUCGGAGCGAACUUCAAACCGGCCGUCACGUUCAUCGUAGUGCAAAAGCGUCAUCACACGCGCUUCUUCCCGGUGGGCAACUGUCCGACGGAGGGCAGAAACGGCAACGUUAUGCCGGGCACGGUGGUUGAUCGCGAUAUUACUGCGCCGAAUCGGUUCGAGUUUUAUCUCGUAAGCCACGCGGCCGUCCAGGGUGUGGCUAAACCGACCAAGUACGUGGUUCUGUACGACGACUCGAAAUGCGAUCCGGAUCAGCUGCAAGCGAUGACGCUCAAUCUCUGCUACAUGUUCGCGCGCUGCAAUCGAGCCGUCUCCUAUCCGGCACCGACGUACUACGCCCACCACGCCGCCUUCCGCGGUCGGGUUUACCUGAAAAAUCGCCGCAUAAACAUGAAUGACUUGGAAGCCGCCUACCGUGAAAUUCAAAUUUCCGCAGACGUCCACGAUAAGAAUCCCAUGUUCUUUGUCUAAAACGUUGACCUCAUUUCAAGGCAUACGAUAUUAGCCUUCUUUGCUCUUCCUUGAUGGUCGGGCCCUUACGAGAAUUUUUUUCUGAUUUUUACUAUAAUAACCCCUUUACUCUUAUUUACGAUACGUUAUAAUUAUGAUCACUUUAUAAGAAGUUAGAAACAUAAAAAAAUUAGCGAGAAAAUGUAAAAAAGGAAACGAUCGGUAGAUGCACUAUGGGUGCGCUCUCACGGCCUUGAUAGUCCAUCAAAUGGUUAAGCUAAUCAGUUAAUGUACGCUCGGCUAUACAGAUGCAUUCAGAUUUAUAAUAAUCAUAAUAAUCAUAUAUAUAAGACCAAUAAAGCU